AUGACCAGGCCCAGAGCGUUGGGAUCAGUGUCACAAAGUCUAGUUGGAAGCAAGUCACUAGAGGUGUACCCUCAGUCAAUACUUGGGCCGAUACUAUUUAACAUCUUCAUUAAUGACCUGGAUGAUGGGACAGAGUGCACCUGCAGGAAGUUCACUGUACAAACCUGGGAGGAAUGGCUGGAUGGAGGUCUGCUUCUAAAUAAUCCUUCUGCACUGGCAGUUCAUGAGUGCAAGUGUCUUUGGCCAAAUGUUCCAUUGCAGUGUCUGGUAUCGCUGGGCACCGGUCGAUACGAAAGCGAGGGAAAGACCAAUGUCACAUACACCAGUUUGAAAGCCAAACUCACAAAUGUUAUCAGCAGUGCAACUGAUACAGAAGAAGUUCACACCAUGCUGGAUGCACUGUUACCUCCAGAUACUUAUUUCAGAUUUAACCCUCUUAUGAAUGAAGACAUACCUCUGGAUGAAAGUCGUAAAGAGAAACUCAAUCAGCUGCAGACAGAUGGAAUUCGUUAUUUAGAACGAAAUGAAGAAAAACUGAGAAAAGCUGCAAAAAUAUUAACACAAGAAAAAACAACUUUGCAGAGACUUCAGGACUGGAUAAGAUUAAAGGCUGACAUGUAUGAAGGCCUUCCAUUUCUUUCCAAAUUGUGAAUAUGUAGUGCAUGAAAGAUUAUAAAUGUAAAUCUUGUUCCAGAAAAUCCAUUCAGUACUGUAAAGGAAGAAUGUUUGUUGGGAGUAAAUAACAUCUUCGGAAAGCUAUCAGAAUUCUGGAGAAAGCAAUUCAGAAUAGCUGUUUUGUGCAGACUUACUUGAUACAAGGUUUUAUGGCGUUAAUUAUUUUUUGAACUUUACAGAUCUUACUGUUCCUCUACUUAAGUUUCUUGAAGUCGGUAAAACUGAAAAUUAUGAAAACAAUUGUGCUAUUCAUUUUUUGGAUGUAUGUAUCAUAAUUAUGGUGGCAGUAAAACUUUAUUUAUCAACUA